AUGCCACCCGAAUCCGCCCCAUCCAAGGGUGGAGGCAUGAUGUCUCUAUACGCCAAUCUCCUUGAUCCCUCCGCCGAGUCCGCCCCAGGCACCAUAUCCCGCGCUCCCGUUGUCUUCAAGCAGUCCGACGACGCGCAACCCGACGAGUCCGCUGCAAAGAAGCAGCAGCUCAAUCCUGCCUCGCUUCGAUUCCAACCAACUAUAAAACGACCCCAACCCGCCAACCAGAAACCCAAAGCUAAACCCACCCUCCCCAAAGCGACUGCACCACCAGCCGUUCAAGAUCCCACCCCUACUGCUACAUCUAUAACUGCACCUGCACCUGCACCUACUGGAAAAACCACACUUGCCGACUGGGCUGCUACGGAAGAUGACGACUUCGGGUAUUAUGUGGGCGAGAAACGGCAACGAGGCGGUCGAAAGAAGCGCAAAAAGAACAACAACAACCGCGAGGAACGAUCCAUCCCGCAAAACUGGGAUGAUAUCUACGACCCCUCACGACCAAACAACUACGAAGCAUACCGCCAUAGUGAUGAGAAGAUCCUUGAAGUUCGAGAGUGGAAGGAUCGCCUAUAUGCCCAUCGCAUGAGGCGGUCGCCGAGCAUGGACUCGGACAGCGAUUAUGAACGUCCAGUCAACCGCAACUUUGCGCCGCCUAGCAGCUUUGCGCCACCGCCAAACCUCAUUGAUAUCCCUCCUCCCCCUCCACCACCCGCGUCAAUCCCCGACGAUGCCUCUGGCGACGAUGCUUUCGUACGCCGUGCGCCCUCCACCUCCACCCCCACCUCCAUCACUCCCACCUUCAAGCUCGACAGAUACUUUCCAACCUCCCUCCGCAACUAUAUCCCGAGCACCAGUCCGCUACACACUUCCCCCGCACCCGCCGAUAUACCAGCCUCAGAAGCGGAACUUGAAGAAGUCAUCGCAUCAGAAGAGGCUCCCGAGAACGAGAACGAAAUCGAAGCUGAAAACUCAAGCAACGAGGGCACCGCGCCCCGCUCCCUGCGUCCAGGCCAGAAGGGCUUUGCAGAGCGCCUUCUCUCGAAGUACGGCUGGACGAAAGGUUCCGGUCUGGGCGCGGAUGGAUCAGGUAUUGCGAAACCUUUGCAAGUCAAGGUUGAGAAGCGGAAGAAAAGGCCUGAUUCUGAGGGCGGGGGAUUUGUUACGCCUUCUGGACGGGGUACGAUUAUUGGGGGGGAAGAGGAAGGGGGGUAUGGAAGUGUAGAACGUGUCUACGUCGCCAGAGAUGUCGGCACCCCGGUACCAGUAUUUGUCAAAUUCACCAGCCCAUUAUCUGCUCUACGGGCUGUCAAUGCUCUCGAAGGACGGAUCUUCAACGGAAACGCGAUCACCGCGCGAUACUUUGACCCUGAGAAAUUUGCGCAGGGUAUUUAUGUAGAGUGA